CAGCGAGUGUAGGCUGCUCAGUUCCCUAAGUUUUCCACUCAGUGAAAGUAACCAAAUAUAUAUAUAUAUAUAUAUUAUAUAUAAAAUAUAUAUUUUAAAUUCAGAAAAUUAAAGUCCGUUUAAUCAGUGAGUUACAGGCUCCGUCCCGCGAGUGUUUUCAGUGUUUUGUUGCUUGAAGGAACUCUUUCUUUUUGUUCAAAAGGCAACGUCGGUGAUUCGUCGCCCCCAGCACACAGUCAAAGUGAAUUAUCUAAAGCAGUAUAUCGACGAUAUCCGCAGGAUUAUCGAGGAGAAAAUGUCGCUCAAUCCGAACGGGUAUAAACUGUCCGAAAGGACGGGCAAGCUGACGGCGUAUGAUCUCAUGCCCACCACAGUGACCGCUGGACCGGAGACACGGGAGUUCCUGCUGAAGGUAAUCGAUGUGCUUCUGGACUUUGUGAAGGCCACCAACGACCGCAACGAGAAGGUCCUGGACUUCCACCAUCCCGAGGACAUGAAGCGACUCCUGGAUCUGGAUGUUCCUGAUCGCGCCUUGCCACUGCAGCAGCUUAUCGAGGAUUGUGCCACCACGCUGAAGUAUCAAGUCAAGACGGGACAUCCCCACUUCUUCAACCAACUGUCCAAUGGUCUGGACCUGAUCUCGAUGGCCGGCGAGUGGCUGACGGCCACGGCCAAUACCAACAUGUUUACCUACGAGAUUGCGCCCGUUUUCAUCCUGAUGGAGAAUGUGGUGCUGACCAAGAUGCGCGAGAUUAUCGGCUGGUCAGGUGGCGACUCCAUUCUGGCCCCCGGAGGUUCCAUCUCCAACCUGUAUGCCUUCUUGGCGGCGCGCCACAAGAUGUUCCCCAACUACAAGGAGCACGGCUCGGUGGGAUUGCCCGGCACUCUGGUGAUGUUCACCUCGGAUCAGUGCCAUUACUCGAUUAAAUCCUGUGCUGCCGUCUGCGGACUGGGAACCGAUCACUGCAUUGUGGUGCCCUCGGACGAGCACGGCAAGAUGAUCACCUCGGAGCUGGAGCGUCUGAUCCUGGAGCGUAAGGCCAAGGGUGACAUCCCCUUCUUUGUCAACGCCACUGCCGGCACCACGGUCCUUGGAGCCUUCGAUGAUAUCAAUACGAUUGCAGAUAUCUGCCAGAAAUACAACUGCUGGAUGCACGUUGAUGCUGCUUGGGGCGGUGGUUUGUUGAUGUCGCGCAAGCAUCGUCAUCCCAGAUUCUCUGGUGUUGAGCGUGCCGAUUCGGUCACCUGGAAUCCCCACAAGCUCAUGGGAGCCCUGCUUCAAUGCUCCACGAUCCAUUUCAAGGAGGAUGGCCUCCUCAUCAGCUGCAACCAGAUGUCGGCGGAGUAUCUGUUCAUGACCGACAAGCAGUACGACAUUAGCUACGACACCGGGGACAAGGUGAUCCAGUGCGGCCGCCACAACGACAUCUUCAAGCUGUGGCUCCAGUGGCGGGCCAAGGGCACCGAGGGCUUCGAGCAGCAGCAGGACCGCCUCAUGGAGCUGGUCCAGUACCAGCUGAAGCGCAUCCGGGAGCAGUCCGAUCGCUUCCACCUCAUCCUCGAGCCCGAGUGCGUCAAUGUCUCCUUCUGGUAUGUGCCCAAGCGGCUGAGAGGAGUACCACACGACGCCAAGAAGGAGGUGGAGCUUGGAAAGAUCUGCCCCAUCAUCAAGGGCCGCAUGAUGCAGAAGGGCACGCUGAUGGUGGGCUAUCAGCCCGACGAUCGGCGACCCAACUUCUUCCGCUCGAUCAUCUCAUCGGCGGCGGUCAACGAGGCGGAUGUGGACUUUAUGCUGGAUGAGAUCCAUCGUCUGGGCGACGACUUGUAAGGGGUUUCAGUGCGGCUUGCAUUGGAUUGGUAAUGAGACGUGGCACAACCAAGAAGUAUCGUUAAGGUAAAAGCAUAUCAGGAGACCGCAAUGAAAGACCCGGAAAGUUAAGAGACGGGGAUCGAUGAAAUCCCGCUUAUCAUCAGAGUUCAAUGUUGAAUGUACAUUUGUUUGUAUCUAUAACGUGUUGCUAGAUGUUCCUUUACGAUUUCUCAUCCCGUUAUCCGUUAACCGUUAUUCGUUAACCGUCGUUAUCCGUUCGUCCCGGAGUUGACAAAAAAAAAUUUGAAAACUAUGUAUAACCGUGGCGUUUCAUUUCCGUUCGUUGGCAACUAUAUCUAAAUCGAAGGGCACAGAGAGGAGUCUAUAAGUAAUAUUUGAAUAUCUAUAUGUAUACCGCAAAUAAUGAUAGAGAAUUCAGAGCAUAGAAGCCACCGCUCCACACACGCACCACCAAAAAACACGGAACAGUCCCAGCCCCAAACUCAAUAAAACUACGAAAUAUAUACGAUAUAGACACUGUUGGAACGCUAUCUUAACAUAUCAGGAGAAGAUGAAAGAGAUUCGAGGACUUUAGUUCAAUUCGUUGAGUUUUGCUUUGUUUGCAAAUAGUGAAAUAAUAGUAAAUGUUUUCAUAUAUCUAUGGCCAUGCGUACCUUUAUAAAAAACGAGAUCGAAAGAGACCUGUGCUUGUUAAUUGUAUAGACAAAACCAAAGAUAUGGGGAUCUAAGCUCCAGAUCCCAUUUAGUCCAUGUAUCGAACUGUGCUAUAUAUAGAGACAUGAAUACGUAUAAUCGAAUUAGUUGGAGUUUAGUUUCCAGCAAAGGGCUGACAAAUAUAUAUAUGAAUGUCCGGUGUCAAUUAAAACUCAAUUACGAAUGUUGGAAGAUUCUGUUUUCAGUUAAGAUCGAUUCGGUUAUUGGCCCAGGUUGGAAUGGAAAGAUCCCCCCAAUCAGAAGAACACAAUCAGACAUAUUACAUUCUACCUGUGCACAAAACACGUUUGUCAAUUCAGCAAAACUAAAAGAUUAAUGGUAUAAAAAUAAAUUAAACAUAUAUUGUAUUUUAAAGCGUGUUAUCUAAGUUUAUCCAGCAUCACGCUCAUUUUAUGUAUGUAUAAAUUAAUGUAUAUGUAUUUGCAGAGAUCCAAAUCAAAACCAGAACAAGAAUUAUUCCAACAUCUAUAUAAAAGCAAAUGAAUAUAUUAUAUAUAUAAACAUAUGGGUAAAUAAAAGUAACCAAAGCGCAA